CUGAUAGUCUCCUUAGUCUCCUCCUCUCAGUUUAUUCAUACAGAAGCUGAUUUGGAAAACAUUUCAGACGCCCAAACACGUACAAAUAACCUGCGGGAACCUAGUUGUUCCGAUAUCAAUGUGACUGAAACUAUAGAGUUAACUAAUCUUGCAAAUGAUAUUGUUGAUAUAUCUUCCACUGAUAAUGAAGAACAAUUUCAUAAUGUCCUUUCUGAAAAUAUUGUAGAUGUUCAAACUGACACUGAAAACCUAAUAGCGAAGCCUUUGAUAGACGCUAAAGACGUGACUAAUCUUGAAGAUAAUAAUGACGACAUUUCUGCAAUUGAUAAGAAAAAAAAUACUCUUUGUGGAUCUAAAUGCCAUUCUAGCUUAACAUGUGUUAACAAGUAA